AUGGUCCACCUGAGGGCGUCCGAAGUCCGGCAGCUGCUGCACAACAAGUUCGUGGUCGUCAUGGGGGACUCGGUGCAGAGGGCCGUGUACAAGGACCUGGUGCUCCUGCUGCAGAAGGACUGCCUGCUCUCAAGCAGUCAGCUGAAGGCCAAGGGCGAGAUGAGCUUCGAGCAGGACAGGCUGCUGCACGGCGGCUGGUGAGGCCGUAUGCACAACGGGACCCACUACCGCGAAGUCCGCGAGUUCUGCUCCACACACCACCUUGUGCGCUUCUACUUCCUCACGCGCGCCUACUCCCGGUACGUGGAGAAAGUCCUGCUGGAGCUGCUGAGGGGCGAGCACGGCCCAGACGUGGUCAUCAUGAACUCCUGCCUCUGGGACCUGUCCAGGUAUGGCCAGGAUUCCAUGUGGAGCUACAGGAGGGAGCUGGAGACACUGUUCUGGCGCCUUCGCCAGGUGCUGCCCGAGUCCUGCCUCGUGGUGUGGAACACUGCCAUGCCAGUGGCUGAGACGGUCUCGGGGGGUUUCCUGCCGCCUGAGGGCAUGCCCCCGACCGCGUCUCGGGAUAAUGUGGUGGAGGCCAACUUCUACAGCGCCGCUGAGGCCAGCAGGCUCGGCUUCGACGUGCUGGACUUGCAUUUCCACUUCCGGCACUCCUGGCAGCACCGGCAGCCAGAUGGCGUGCACUGGAACCAACACGCUCACCGAAGGCUCUCGCAGCUGCUGCUGGCCCACCUGGCCGACGCCUGGGGCGUGGACCUGCCCUGA